AUUCCCCGCUAGCUACUGCACAGGUUACUGCAAACGGAAUCCUUGAAAAGAUCCCGAAACCGGGGCGUAUACUGUCGAAACGGUCCAACGUGGGGGGAAGUCAAUGGGUCCUUGCUCCUCCAUGAAGCAUCUUGUGGGCUUUUAUGGAGUGCCUGUGACAAUCUAGGCCUCUGGUCUUUCUCCAGAAGCUGAGCUGCUCAGACCGUUAUAAAGGUGGGGUUGACGAAGAUGAAGUUUUCCAAUCUCUUUUGAUAAGGAGCCAGAGACUUUCCCCAGUCGAUUACUCUAUGACGGCCAUGACAGUGGGUUUAAUGGAGAUCCUUUCGCCUCUCCUCGGAUGGCUUGCACGGCAGGGACAUACGCGUACGACUGACAUGACACGAGCGUCCACCCUUCAUUUAGACUAUUGCCCCGAGAUUUGUCGGGAUGUGGAUUCUAAUGCGCAAAUGGGCGCCAUAUCGUCGGCCAAUAUACUCAUAUCAGGCGUGGGCCGCGUCCGCCACUCCUCUCUAGCUCGCUUGAUGGAUGGAUUCAUUGUUGUCGAGAUGAACUCCUCUGUUGCUCUGCUAUAUAUCAGCCUUGUCAGGCAGCCCCUUUUCGCCCCUCAGCAAAGGUGCCCCCCCGAAAGCCCCUCAUAUCGUCGGUGUCAUUUAGCGUCAGUGCAAGCGCUUCGUGCUACGGGAAUACGGGUCCUCUACAAGCCAGUCGAAGAACAAAUGAAAUAUGGAGUAUCUACAGCUAGACCAGGCUCUAGUUUCUUUUGAGACUUGCACUAUCUGCCACACAAUUGCGGAGUACGCCU